UUUAAAAUUGACAAACCUAAAACUACCUUUUUUCGUGUCUGUUUUCGUGUAAUAUUUACAUAUAAAAAAAAAAUAUUUUAUAUCAUUUACCGACAAUUCGAACAUCUCAUCGGUAAUUGCUAAAUUAUGUCAGACUCCGAAAACUCUGAAACUACAGAAUAUAAUAACUUUAAAGAAAUUCAAGAAGAAAUAGAAAAAUGUAAGCGAAAUCCAGAAACUUCGGGAAUGUUUGUGUCUGGGUGGGAUGAUGCUGAUCAAGAUGUUGAUGUUGUGAAAAAUCCUAAAGAAAAUCCAAUAGAUCAUAUCCUGUGGGCUGCAGAAAAUGGCGACGUUGAAUUAUUGAAAGAAUUAUUAACAAUCCAACCUGGGCUUGUCCAUGCUCGUGAUUCUGAUGGUUAUACUCCCCUGCACCGAGCAUCCUACAGCAAUCAUAUAGCUGCUGUUCAGUACUUACUCAGUGUUGGGGCCAAUAUCAAUGCCAAGACUCAACUUGGGUGGACACCACUGCACUCAGCUUGUAAUUGGAAUAACUAUAAGAUAGUUGCAAGAUUACUGGCAGCUGGGGCAGACCCUACAGCACUUUCAGAGGGAGAACAGACCCCACUACAUUUGGCAGCAGCAGUUAGUCAUUGUAAAUCAACAUUAUUAGUUUUAUUUUUAAGGAGAGAUUUAAUAGAAAUAGCUAGAAAAACUAACAACAGUGGUGAAACUCCUGAAGAUUUGGCUAGAGGUCAUGGUAUUUAUGCACCUUUAUUUGAAAUGGUGUGCCCAGCAAUAUCACACAUUCAUUCAUUAGCUUUUACAUGUAAUCCUUUUGUUCGUAGAAAGCAAAUAAUUUUACUUAAAAAAUAAAAAAAUUAGAAGUAUAAGUAAAUAUUUUA